AUGGCUGAGGAGACGUCUGCAGCAUACCAUAGUGCUGGAGAUGAAAGUGUCAUAUGCCUUCUAAGGUUUUCCAAAAUCAGGGAAUUCAAAGGUGUUAAAAGUGUUUCAAACGCAUUCUCAACCAGCCUCCUGCAAAUAAAUCCAAACCAUCCUGAAAUUGAAGAGUUCAAGGAACUACUUCUAGAUGAUGGGUUGGCUCUCACCCUUGCAGAGAGCAUACCACAAUCUAUGAAGAAACCCAAUAAUGAAAUCACAUGA